UGGUAUGAACUUAUGAAGUAAAAAGAUUGUAAAUUAAUACAGAAAUAUUUUUAGAUGAAAAUAAAAUGUUUAUCAAUUGAAUAAAUGUUUAAAACGGUUUAUUGUUGUUUGUUUUGCGAAAAGAAGUGUUUUUGUGUAUAAAAUUUCACUUCAAAGCGUCGUUGUAUGGUGUUAAACACUUACAAAGUUACAGUAUAAUUUUCAAACAGUCGUUUUCUUAUCGUCUGAAACGAAAGAAGUGUUAAUUGUGUUAUUACGAAUUAGAGGUGACAAUGCCAGGAAUUGAAAAAAUGUCCUUAGAUAAUAUGUUUUGUACCCGCUGUGGGGAUGGGUUUGAACCAAAUGAAAAAAUUGUCAACUCCAAUGGUGAACUUUGGCACACAGGUUGCUUUGUAUGUGCGCAAUGUUUCCGAGUAUUUCCAGAAGGAGUUUUUUACGAAUUUGAAGGCAGGAAAUAUUGCGAACGAGAUUUCCAAGUGCUGUUUGCUCCUUGCUGUGGCAAAUGUCGUGAAUUUGUGAUUGGCCGUGUUAUCAAGGCUAUGAAUUCAAAUUGGCAUCCAGCUUGUUUCCGAUGUGAAGAGUGCAAUAUUGAGCUAGCAGAUGCUGGCUUCAUUAAGCAUGCUGGUCGAGCACUUUGCCACGCUUGUAAUGCCCGGAUAAAGGCAGAUGGCUUGCAAAAUUACAUAUGCCAUAAAUGCCAUGGUGUAAUAGACGGUGAGCCACUACGUUAUCGCGGGGAAGUAUGGCACGGCUACCAUUUCUCUUGUGCCACUUGUGGAGUGGAGCUUGACCAUACUGCUCGUGAGGUUAAGAACAGACCAGGAUACGCAGCUAAUGAUGUUAAUAAUCUCUUCUGCCUGCGUUGUCACGAUAAAAUGGGAAUUCCGAUAUGUGGAGCUUGUCGUCGCCCCAUCGAAGAGAGAAUUGUUACAGCAUUGGGAAAACAUUGGCAUGUUGAGCAUUUCGUGUGUGCCAAAUGUGAGAAGCCAUUCCAUGGUCAUCGCCACUACGAGAAGAAGGGGUUGGCAUACUGUGAACAGCAUUAUCAUCAGUUGUUUGGCAAUCUUUGUUACGUUUGCAACCAAGUCAUCGCUGGUGAUGGUAUGUUAUAUGCGAUUUAUACAAAUUUUUAAAAUAAAUUUUUUCAUUUAUUCGUCAAUAA